GUUAUUCCUUUAUCACAUUCAUUCAGUCCCACUUACUGUAGUUGCGUACAAGCAAUAUCUAGUAAUCCAAGUACUUCAUAAAUUUUGUGGAAAAUAUGGCGACUACUGCUACACAACAAAAUACACAAGUAAAUCACAUUACUGAAGAAGACAUCAAACUCAUUUUAGCACAUUACAAUCGUGCCAAUGAAGAAAUUGUAAUAGAAGAUUAUUCAGUUCACAACGCUAGUGAUAAAAUGUUGGGAUUUUUGGCUGAAUACUGGAAAGUGAAAGUGCUAUUAUCAAAUCGGAAAGUUCUUCGUUUUUUUAUCAAAGCCAUUUCUAGAUCCAAUGCAGCUAAAGCAAAUAUGGUGAAAGAAAUGCAUCUGUUCGAUAAAGAAGCGUUUUUUUAUUCUGUGAUCAAAGAAAAUAUUGAAGUGCCGGGUAUCAAACCCUGGGCAGCGAGGCUAAUAACAGCGCUAAACGAUGCAAUGGUUUUUGAGGAUUUAAAUGCAAAACAGUAUAAAUUGCGAAACAAAUUCGCGAGGUUCGACAUGGCCCACACUCUUCAGGCGUUGAAGACAUUAGCUAGAUGGCAUGCAUGUUCCAUGAUUUAUGAAGAGAAGAAAAGUAAAGAAAAUGGAACAAAUUACAAAAUAAAUGACGAGUACGAAAAGUCUUUGGACAAAGGCGGUUACCAUCUAUCUUCUGAGUGGUUCUAUCAGUGUAUGAUGGGAGCAUUAGAAGCUAUGAAGUCACUAUCGGACUACAAUGAAGCAGAAAUUAAUUCGAUUGAAAGUUGCUGGCAAGAUGUUUGGUCUAAAGCUUUAAGUUUAAGCGAUUACUCUCCUCAUCAGAAGAAUGUGAUCUGUCAUCGGGAUCUGUGGAACAAUAAUGUAAUGUUCCAUUACAAGGAUGAUGAGAACCUGUCGGAGCCAGAUGACUGCGUCCUGGUUGAUUUCCAGGCGAUCAGGUACCAGCCACCUGCAGGAGAUGUCAUGUUACUACUCUGUUGUAAUCUAGAUCCGAAAUUCAGAGAAGAAAAUCUUGACACGUUUUUGAACUUCUAUUACGAAGAACUAGGUAAAAUACUAGAUGAAUAUAAUGUAGAAAUUAAAGAAGUAAUGUCUAAAACAGAAUUUUUGACGUCUGCUGAAGAACAAAGGCAAUGGGGUCUCAUUGUAUGCGCCUGUCUCAUACCACAGUUUUGGAUAGACGACGAUCUAACGACAAAAAUAUUCUGCGACAAUGAGCAAUUUGACGAGAUUUUGUCAAAAAAUAAAGGUUUGUUUAUUAAGAAAAUGAUGCGAGAAAAUUCUGAUUACAAACAGAAAGUCAUGGAAAUUUUCAACGAAAUUGCAAAUAGAUAUUGUUUAUCUCGCAAAUAGCAUACUAAGGUGAAUUCUACAUACAUAACAGACCAAUUUGUACAUACCUAUAUUAAAUGCGUACAUACCUAAUCAUACAAAACAGAUAGGGUAAUAAAAAUACAUUGUUCAUACAGUUCA